AUGAGCGACUUGAGCCUUCGAUGGAUCGACAGUCUUGGAGGUGUACAUCAUGGCGAGUCCGGAGAAGUAUCCACUUCCAAAGCUCAUGGAGGCAGCGACGAUCACAAAGAGCCAGGUGGAUUCGAAGAGGACUGGGAAGGUUCGAGUCUCCGGGAGGUAGUUGCAGAAGGCGAAGAAUGGGAUGUAGAGGAGACGGAGGUAGACUGGGAUCCAGAGCUUGCUUGGUUGAGGCUAAAAAUUAUUAUGGAUUAUGACGGAUUAGGGAUAACUUCAGUAUAA